AUGGAUACGACCAUAGGGAGCUCGACUUCAGGGCAUACUGACAAGGCGAACGGGCGCGUGGGUUUACAACAAGGAGAAGACCUUGAAAACGACAAUUUUAAUAUAAAAAAUGUUUUGAACGCACUUUCUUUGACAUCGUCAUCAAAUGGGUCACCAGACUCGGCCAAUUCCUUUUGGUCUGGUUCUAACAAGACAUGCUCUGUUAUUGAUGGAGAUUCGGCUUAUCCUGAGGCAUCAGCGCUUGCCAGAAUAACAACAGACAAGCUCACACAAAGCGGCGAGGAGGAAAUUCAAAAACUUGUUUCGGAUUUGAAAUCACUUUCGGUCACAGAUUCUCAUUCCCAGUCCAAUCUGGAUUUAAGGCCAGAAGCCCAACAAAGUGCGCAGAACUCGGGUAGUCCUGUUGACCGGCUAAAUGCUUCAAAGACACAACCGGGUUAUUCUCCUCUGAGUGCUGGAAUCUGCCACACACAAAUAUCAGCAAACUAUAAGAGACACAGAAUUGUUCAGGAACUAUAUCAGACUGAGAGAGUUUAUCUCUGUUCGCUAAAGCUUUUGCUGGAAGUGUAUGUCAAACCUAUCAGUAUUGAGUACCUGAAUGCAGUUCCGGUUAUGGGUUUCCAAGCUGUGCUGGAGAAGAUGAUCGAAAGUCAUUCAAUUCUUUUGUGGGACAUCAAGACGUUAUGCUCAAGACUAAGUGGAACAGAAUUUGGAAUAUCGCCUGCCUCUAUAUCAUCGGAUUAUGAACUCUAUAAGAGAAGCGAAGCAGAUGAUGUGACUGGCAAACCAGUUUUCAUUUCCUCCUUUGUGGAAAUACUUGAAAAAAGUGCAAUCCCAGUCUACAUAUAUGUCGAAUACUGCUCUAGACACUCUAGAUUUGUUUCGUUCACCCAAGGCAUCAACAUUGCCAAAUAUUCUGAGAAGCUUUGGAGCAUACUCAAGAAGGACGAGUAUUGGAACCUCGGCUCGAAAGCUCAAACAAGCUACAACAACAUGGACUUGUCGUUCAAUUCGUUGGUACAAAAACCUCUGGUAAGAUCCGGAAAGUAUCGACUGAUACUAGAAUCGCUGAGAAGUGCUGAGCUUUCUUCUCAGGUCUGUGAUCCGUUCGUUCUCGAAAGGAUAGAGACAGCACUAUCAAUCAUCAAGCAGCAACUCAACCAGAUCAACCAAAAUCUCUACAAAUCCAUUAAUCGCGCUGAGUUAGUUCAAAGACUCCUCGGCUUGAAUACUCGGAACAGAGCAAUUCUGAGUGAGCACUUUCAAAUGCCGAUCUCAUCUUCGGGUUCCGGGGGAGUAGACUAUCGAAUAUUUGGUGACCCCAUCUUGUGCGGCUCAAUGGAUGCUAUUUGGAUCGAAAGCAAGGGCACAGUUAUGCAUCAGGCAAUGGCCAUGUUGUUGUUCAAGUCUCAUGUUCUUCUUGCUAAUAGCUCUGGUGAUGUCAAAUUCAUCGUUCCUUUGUCAGUUUGCAAGAUCCUAAAGGGUGCACCAGAAUUUGACUCCGGUGGUCUGACACUGUUGAACUCGAUCAUGGUGCCAAAGCAUUUCAAACUGGUCUUUGAAAGAAAGUAUUGUAUUUACGAAAUUCUUUUAGUUUCGCACUCAUUGCUGGAAACUGAAAUAUGGAAAUACUAUAUGGAUUUGCUCAUUUAUCAUGUCAAUGGGAGUUACAAGUUUGACUUUUCAUACUCCCUCCUCUGUUCCAACACUGGGUUUCGUCCACUAAUUCAUACACCAGUUAGGAUGUCGCCUAUCACGUUACUGGAGGACAGGUUUGAUCCCAAGAAUGUCAUACACAAAAAUUGUUACUUUUCCUACGUUUUCCUCAUAUCGAUUCUUUCGAACGGAUCGGAUAGUCAGGAGAUUCCUUCGAGUGCCAGAUUGUUACGGUUGAACGCGGAUGACAAACAUGCUAUAGAUGUGAUGCUCGGACCCCUGCGUUCGCGAGAGUUUCCCGCUCCAAUUCGAACUCUUCGUCGCACAAACAGACGCCCCGAUCUAGGCUUUCUCAGAUCGUCGCCAAGCUGGUCCUCAAUCAGGCUUCCAGCCGCACUACACAAAACAUCCUCCACCUUAACGCUGAGCUCAGCCUCAGUCAUGUCGCAAACCUCUAACGGUGAUCAAUACAGUGCUACAUCAUCGAGAGAUCCAAGAAGGACCUUGACCCGAAGUCAGUCAUUACGUGAUGUCUUCAGAAAUGUUUUUAAGCGUACUAAAUGA